AUGCCUCCGAACCGAUGGCCGGAGGGACCCAUGCCCAGCGGUACACCCUACACGGAUCUGCCCAUCACCAACUCUCAUUGUAUGAACGACUCGUGCGAUGCUUUCGCUGCUGGGUGGAACGAAUCAUACAAGGAGACGAGCUUGAUCAGUCAGAUUGACUACGGCUAUUGGACUCUCUGCUACUAUCUAUCCUGGGGUCUUCUCUUCACACUUGCAAACAUGAUUUACCUCUUCAAGGACUAUCAUGCCCAGCGAUGGGUCAGAAGACAGCCUUCAACACCUGGGCCAAGUUGGAUGAACAGACUUGUGGGACGCUACCGUUCAGUGAUAUACCGACGCUUCACUGGCCGCUUACACGCAUUACCUUCGGUUGGAAUCCUCGCUCUACUCGCUCUGUCCACGGCGUUUUUCGCCUGCCUUGUGUUCCCGGAACAGGACUACCUACGUUCGCACUUCCGCUUCGGGUCUCCGCCUUUGUCAGUGCGAUGUGCUCUAUGCAUCUCAGCUCUGAUGCCGCUUCUCAUUGCACUUGGCGGCAAAGUCAACCUUGUCACUGUGCUGACGGGCAUCUGCUACACCAAGCUCAACAUCUUGCAUAGAUAUGUCGGUGGAUUGAUCUUCGCCCUGGCCACCACCCACAUGGUUCCCCACCUGUAUGCACCAAUCAAGGACGGCGGGGGCAACUACCUUGCUCAGCUGUACAUGAGCAAGAGGCGCGAGCUCUCUGGAACCAUCUUGUAUUUUCUCUUCCUCUGGCUCAUCGCCCUCUCCAUCCCACGGGUGCGGCAGAAAUUCUACGAAUUCUUCGUCUACACGCACAUUUUCCUCGGCGUCGCCUUCAUCGGCAUCCUCGCAUGGCACAUCAACGGCGAAUACAUCUCCCCCAUCUACAUCUACGUCACGGUCGGCAUCCUCCUCGGCCAAGCCAGCCUCCGCCUCCUCCUCUCCACCCGCUCCCUCGUCUUCCUCACCGGCUACCCCACGACGCUCGAGCCCCUGCCCGGGCGCGUCACCAAGGUCCGCGUCUCGGUCCCCGCCACGUUCCGCUGGCCGCCGGGCUCGCACGCCUUCAUCCGCAUGCCCGCGCUGUCGGCGCUCGACAACCACCCCUUCACCAUCGCCUCGGUGCCCAGCUCGCCGCAAACCGCCAGCAACAACACCAACACCCUCACCUUCCUGAUCCGCACCCACGCCGGCUUCACCUCGCGCCUCGCCGCCCUCGCCGCAACCAAGUCCCACUCGCCCGCAUCGUCGUCGUCGUCGUCGUCGUCGUCGUCGUCGUCGUUGUCGCUGUUGUCGCCAUCCGCCAACACCGGCACCACCCCCCUAUCCGGCCCCUCAACCACCUCCCUCGAAUCCCAGUCGCCGUUCCCCUCCUUUCCCUCCUCCCCCCACGCCGCACCACCCACACCACCCCGACCACCAUUCCACACCCCCCUCCCCCUGCGCACCCUCAUCGACGGGCCCCACACCCACGGCGCCGGCGCCGGUCCGUCGUCCUACCGCUCCGCCCGCAGCCUCGCCGCCGGCGUCGACACGGUCGUGCUCGUCGCGGGGGGCACGGGCGUCACGGCGGCGCUGCCGUGGCUGGUGAGCGUGGCGCGGGAGAUGCAGGCGAGUGCGUCGGCGAGUGCGUCGAGUACCUCGUGUCGGGUGGGCGUCGUGCGGUUGGUGUGGGUGGUGAGGGGGGCGGAGUGCGUGGAGUGGGUUAGGGGGGAGGUGGAGGAGGCGGUGGGGGUUGGAAAGGUUGCGGGUGGCGGAGGGAGGGGGAGGAGGGGGAGGAGGGGGGUGGUGAGGGUGGAUGUGUUUGCGACGAGGGGGGCGGGAGGAAGGGGAGGGGGAGGUGGAGGGCUUGUGAGCGGGUCGGAGAGCGAGGUGGAUGUUGGGAUUAGGGGGGGAGCGAUGGCGGCGGGUGGUGGUGGUGAGGAGGUGAUGCUCGAGGCUCCGCCGCCGGUGUAUAUGGUUGGGGAGGGCGGCGGCGAUGAUGACGACGGGCUGGGGACGGAAAAGAGAGGAGGGGGAGACGGGAGCGGGCUCGUUGUGCACUUUGAGCGGCCGAAGAUUGGGGAGCUGUUGCCGGCGAUGAUGCGGGGCAGGCGUGCGUUUGUGCUGGGAUGUGGGCCGGAGGGGCUGAAGAUCGAGCUGUCGAACGCGGUUGCGAAGUUGCAGACGGAGAUGGUGGUGAAGUCGGGGCGCAUGGAGAGCAUUGCACUGCACACGGAGACUUUUGGGUGGUAG